AACCAAUCAGGAUCUACAACCAACAUUCCUGGGGCCAAUGGGUGAGGCACAUUGCUGCUACCCAGCCAGUCCAGAUAUACAUCUAGUCCACCUCCGAGACAGGUAAACUGGGUGCAUCCAAGGCAGCAGAAGGAGACAUUGCUGGAGGUUGCAAAGGGCUGACUGAAGAUGGGAGGACGAGUCUGGGUCAUGAUGCUGCUGCUGGCGAUUGGGGUUCAAGGGAUGAUCCGGAUCCCCUUGCAGAAGUUCCCAUCAGUCCGAAAUCGGUUUGGCCGCUCAGGCCUCCCUAUCGCUGAGAUGUUAAGGCGAGGAAGAGUCAGGGCUGGGAAGCCCCCAGUGACAACACCCGUCACCCACCAACGCCUGCACAACUACAUGGAUGCCCAGUACUAUGGAGAGGUCUGCAUUGGAACCCCAAGCCAGUGCUUCAACGUGGUCUUUGAUACUGGCUCUUCCAAUCUGUGGGUGCCGUCCUCCAGAUGCUGCCUCUUCCAUCUGGCCUGCUGGAUACAUAGUCACUACCGGGGCUUUUUUUCCCUGACUCACAAGGCCAACAACUCCAAAUUUGCAAUACACUAUGGAAGUGGGAGCCUCAAUGGAUUCUUGAGUGAGGAUGUUCUUAAGAUUGGCAACCUGACCAUUCAGAACCAGACAUUUGGUGAGGCCACAGAUCUUCCGGGAUUGGUUUUUGUAGCUGCAAAGUUUGAUGGCAUCAUGGGGUUGGCUUACCCCACCAUCUCAGUCAACAAUGUCACCCCACCCUUUGAUAACAUGAUGAGGGAGAAGCUGCUUAAGAAGAAUGUAUUCUCCUUCCACCUCUGCAACACUGACAGCAUCUCACAAAACAAUGGCGGUGAAGUUGUUUUUGGAGGGAUCAAUCACAACGCCUACGAGGGGAAGCUUCACUACAUUCCAGUGUCGCGCAAGGCCUACUGGCAAAUCAAGAUGGACAAGAUAUCCGUGGACAAACAAUCCAAGGGAAAAAAAUGUUGGCCAUGGAAUCUAUUUAACAAGGACAAUUCAGUGCAGCUGUGCAAAGACAGUUGCCAAGGCAUUGUGGACACAGGCACUUCCCUUAUUACGGGGCCUAGUGACGACAUCCGUGAUUUGCAUAAGGCCAUAGGGGCUGAACAUGCCUUUGGAGGGCAGUACUUGAUAGAUUGCAAUAAGCUUAAUGAGUUACCAAAUGUGACCUUUCAUCUUGCUGGGAAGCCCUACACUCUGACACCAGAGGAAUACACUCUGCAGCUGAGCCAGGCGGGAGUGACUGCUUGCAUCAGUGGAUUCACGAGUCUCGACAUCCCUAAGCCAAUCGGCCCACUCUGGAUCCUGGGGGAUGUCUUCCUCCGGCGUUAUUAUUCAGUCUUUGACCGAGAUAAUGACCAAAUUGGCUUGGGUGUUUCCAGACAAACCAUAUGUGGUGCCGGUUCUGACACAGACAGAACUGCAGCAGCUCUUGACACAGCGGGAACUACAGCAGCUCCAGCCACUGGAAGCAGCACCACCACCGUGGAUUGUUAGCUGUCUAGUGUUCCACGUGCUGAAUUCAGGAACACAACAGGGUUGAGGGGGGCAAUAGGGGGGCUGUUUGCAUAGCAGCCAUGAUGGCAUUCCACAGCAUGGGAUCUGCAGUUAUCCUAUUUCUGAGAACAGCUCCUUAAAAAAAAAAUCAAAAGUUUCUAACCCUCUUGGUCGCAGGGGGAAAAACAUUAAUCAUGAACUUGCCAGAUUGUACCUUGGAAAUUCUCCUUUUAACUUUGAAUAUAUUGCUGAAUCAAGUGCUCAGAACCUCUUCUACCUGGCUUCCCUUCUCUCCUGUCUUCUGCCGUACUCCCCGACUUGCUGAUCCUAUGCAUGUCUACUCAGAAGAAAUUCCACUGAAGUCAAGUUACAGUCUUUAGAGUUUUGUUUGCUACAGUAAGUGUGAGAGAGGCUCAGAGAACUGGACCAACAAAGGGGGGGAUGCAGGAGGGAGGCAAGAAGCCAUGGUUACCUCAUCUCCUGAAAUGGAGACUCUCCAGGUAGCAACCUGGGAACCCUAAUGCCAAAGGAGAUGAACGCUGUCUUUGUGAGACACCUCAAGUGACCAGAGGAGCAGAGGCCUUCUUCACCUCAGGAUAGCUCAAUGCUUUGAUGAGUCACCCCUGAAUAUUUCAAAUGAUGUAACAUUCUGAGCUCAUAGUGCAAGCUUUGCAUGCAGAAGGUCCCAGGUGCAAUCCCUGGCAUCCCUACUUAAAAAAAUCUCAGAUAUCAUAUGUGUGUACUCACAGAAAAGCUAAUUUUAGGGAAUUAGCAAUACUACUCUUGGGAUCUUUACAGAAGACAGACAGAAUUGCAUUGGCUAUGAAUACCUUACUUCCUUUGAGGGAUUUAACACUGACCAGUAAGGAUCCAAUAUUUCUGUGCUUAACAUCUGUAAUAUUAAUAUUGCAAGAUUGCAAUUAUAAUAUUUAUUUAUAAUAGAAUGAAGGUUUGAAGGAAUAACAUGCCAAUAUAAAAUGAUUUUAGAAGCAACGAAAUGGCUUUGUGACUUUAAACAUAUAGCAUGGAAAGGGUUAAUAAUGCAGGCUGUAGCUGCUGAAAGUGUGGACUAGGCUCCUAAGUGGCUCAUUUUUUAUGUUAUUAUUACAUUUAUAUCCCACCUUUCCCUCCAAGGAGCUCAAGAUGGCAUAUAUGGUCCUCUUUCCUCUCCAUUUUAUCCUCACAAUAACCCUGUGAGAUAGGUUAAGCUGAGAGAGUGCGGCUGGCCCAAGGUCACCCGGUAAACUUCAUGGCUGAGCAGAGAUUUGAACCUUGGUCCCCUAGGCCAAUCCAACACUCUAACCACUACACCACACUGGCUCUUAAUAAAAUGAUGGAGACAAUCCAUGUGGUGAUGAGUCCUUCUACACAUUACAGUCAGGACAGGGAUGACUAGCUUCUCUAUGACAACUGUGAGCUCUGAGCAUAACAAUGUGCACUUCCCAAUGGAGUGAUAAUUGUCUUAAGAAUUUUUGUAACCUUAAGAAUCUUGCCCUGACAAAGCAUUUCAUAUCUACAGCAAAGUCAGAGUUCUUGCUCAGUUAGCCUACUAAGUUCUGGUGUCUGUUUUCUAAGAUGUCCAUCUUUGUGUUCUGUUCUGUUUUUUCCUUGAAUAAAGGUCUUUUAUUUAAGAA